AUGGCGGCUCCCGGCCCUGUGACUCCGGAGGUCCCCUUGGAACCAUGGAAGCCCCCAGUCAUUGAGGGGUUUAGCCCCACUGUUUACAGUAAUCCAGAGGGUUUCAAGGAAAAGUUCCUUCACAAGAGCCGCGAGAACCACAUGGUACCCAUAGAUUGCCUGGGCAUGGCGACCGCCCUCACCUACGGCCUUUACUGCUUCGACCAGGGCCACAGCCGGCACUCUCAGCUCAUGAUGCGCACCCGGAUCGCUGCCCAGGCCUUCACGGUCGCCGCCAUCUUGCUGGGUCUAGUCACAACCGCUAUGAAGUCUCAAUCCUGA